UUACCAUAUUAUUGUUUGAGAUCCUAUGCUUCUGACACGGAACAAGCUGAAACGCAUCUUUUUGUCAUAGGCUUUGAGUAAAGUUAUUCGCCAUUACGAAGAGGUGGUUGAACUUGUAAUUUUUAGCUGAGCCCUCAAUAUGCCUAGAAGAGGAAGGUCACCAUCUCCAUCUAGUCGUAGCAGCAGGGGGGCUCCUCUGAAUCGAGCUCCAGCACCUCCAGCACAACGAGCUUCAGCACCUCCAGCACCAAGGCAAUAUACCCAACCAGCUAAUGUACCUCAACAACAGGUUCAAACAAUGCCACAGACUCAACCUCGGCAACCUGGUCUCUUAGGUCAAAUGGCUACAACAGCAGCUGGUGUGGCUGUGGGAUCAGCAGUGGGACACACAUUAGGCCAUGCUAUCACAGGAGGAUUCAGUGAUAAUUCAUCAGAAGUCCCUGCUACAACACAAGAACAACAGCCCAUAUACCAGCAACAAACCCCUGCUCAAGGCCAGAACCAGAAUGCUCCCUGCCAGUUUGAACUGAAGCAGUUUAUGGAGUGUGCUGAGAAUCAACAUGAUCUUUCUCUGUGCGAGGGUUUCCGUGAGGUACUACGUCAGUGCCGAUUCUCACAAGGUGUUUCUAUGUAAUAUAGUUCAGGAAAAUCACAGGAAUCAAAUGUCAAAAUGUUACUCAAAGUAGUUAUCCAAACAUAGAGGUGUCAUUUUGCUCUUUGUUUAAAGCUGUUUCCUUUAUGUAGUAGAUUAGUUCAGCUACUAAAAACAAGUUUUGAGAAAUCUGUUUGGUUAUGUACUCUUAAUUCUGAGCUGCUGCUCUGUGGAAUGUAGUUGUAUAGUAUCAAUAUGUAAAUCAGAGAUAUAAAUAAAAAAUUAAGUUUUGGGGUUUU